AUGCAAAGUACUAUUUUGUUCCUUACAGAACCUGCCGUUCCUGAUUGCGAAAGCGACCGAAAUUGUGCACCGUCUGCGGCGUGUCGUCUGGAUCAGCUUGGCGUUCGCAAGUGCGUCGACAUUUGCACCAGCUUCACGUGCGGUCUCAAUUCCGUUUGCCAAGCCGUCAACCACCGCGGACAAUGUCAGUGCCUUCCCGGUUUCACUGGCAAUCCUAAUGACAGGAGCGGCUGCCGUGCCGUGCCUCAAGACGAGUGUCAGACCGAUGCUCAGUGUCCGGAGUCUGACAAGUGUUUGGUCAGGGGUAACACACGAAAAUGUGUAUCUGUGUGCAAAGAGACUCAGUGUGGACCAGGAGCAAUUUGCAUUGCAAAUAACCAUGCCGCAAAAUGUCAGUGUCCGCCUGGACUGUUCGCCGGUGAUCCAGGGGAUUUGACGAAAGGUUGCACUUCUGUCGGAUGCCUCAUCAACGAAGAUUGUGCUUUUGAUCAGGCUUGCAACCGCAUGGAUUUUACUUGCUUUGACGUUUGUUUUGACGCUUGCGGAGAGAAUGCUGUUUGCAUCCCUCAAAACCAUGGAUACUCCUGCCAAUGUGCACCUGGAUUCAGGCCAAAUCCUUCGGCUGAAAUUGAAUGCUCAGCUGUGAAUGUAUGCGAUUCAAACCCCUGUCACAAAACUGCUGUUUGUCAAUCCAAUGGAGCAAAUCACCUCUGUUCUUGCCCUCGGGGUAUGAUAGGAGACCCAUACACAACUGGAUGUCACCCAGAAGGUACAUGCCCCUUGGGAGACGAUGACUGUCCAACAGACAGCGUUUGUCUUCGUGGCUUGUGCAAGUCGCCCUGCGAAGGCGCUUGCGGCCCAAAUGCCUUGUGCAACGUCGUUAACAGAAAAGCUCAGUGCAACUGCCCUCCAGGUUUUGAACCCAACCCUUCAGCUAAAGACGGUUGCAGCAGGAUAACGAGCAAAUGUACCAACAAUGUACAAUGCUCGGGAGGUACUUGCAUCCAGGGACAGUGUAUCGAAGUUUGUCGUACAGAUCGCCAGUGUGCUCAAGGAGAGAAAUGCGUCGAAAAUAAAUGCAUGGUGUUGUGCAUAUCAUCUGAACAAUGUCCUAAAGAACAGUCUUGCAUAAAUGGGGUUUGCCUGAUUGGCUGUCGCAGUAACUCAGACUGCCCAUCAGACCAAGCUUGUUUAGCGAACAAAUGCCAAGACCCUUGUUCAGAACCCAAUGUCUGCGGUCCUAAUUCUGUGUGCAAGUCAGAAGGACAUUUUGCGCAGUGCCUGUGUCCGGAUGGCUUCCAAAAAAUUCAGCAAGGUUGCAUUCGUACGCCAUUUGCUUGUGAAAACAAUAAUGAUUGCUCGUCUGGCAACCUUUGCGACAAAGGACAAUGCAAGCCUAUCUGCAGCCAAAUCCAGCAAUGUGCCCAAGGAGAGCACUGCAACAAUGGAAUGUGCAUGAAAGUCUGCUUCAACGACGGAAACUGUUUGCAGGGAGAAGUUUGCAUUGAAGGAUCUUGUGAGAGCGGCUGCAGGACAUCGGGAGACUGCACUCAAAAUGAAGUUUGUGUCUCAAAGAAAUGCAUGUGUGCUAAAGGAUACAAUCCUAGUGGUGGUGGCUGCGUAGAUGUUGAUGAGUGUCAGCAGAAACCUUGUCAUGCCUCUGCUACCUGUACCAAUGUGCCAGGUUCAUUCAAAUGCGCAUGCCCAGCUCAAACUAUCGGCGAUCCCUACGGAGGCAACGGCUGCGUUUCACCUAACGAAUGCUCAAAUGACGCGGAAUGUUACGGCGAACAAGCUUGCGUACUCUCCAGCGUAGGACUGUAUAAGUGCGUAGAUCCAUGCGCAUCUACAGUAUGUGGAGUCAAUUCAGUUUGUGUCGUGGAAAAUCAUAAACCAGUUUGUGUGUGUCAGAACGGCUACUUCGGCGACCCCAACAAUCUUUCCAGCGGGUGUGUGAGGGGCGACUGCGUGGAAGACGAUGAUUGCUCGUCUGACAGAAUUUGCAACCGGGCUUCGUUUAGAUGCUUAAACCCAUGUGAGAACGUUAACUGCGCUCACGGUCGCUGCCAGGCUGAGAACCACCAAGCAGUUUGCUAUUGCCAGCCAGGCUUUGCAGUCGCGGACGACGGCAGUUGCAAAGACAUCAACGAGUGCGACAGCGAUCCGUGUCACAGAACUGCCGCCUGCCGCAACUCUAUUGGAAGUUUCACAUGCACCUGCACUGCCGGUCUAAUAGGAGACCCAUACAGCACAGGGUGCAGACGACCAGGAGACUGCACUAAUGACAAUCAAUGCCCUGCGUCAUCUGUUUGUUUGCGGAAUAAAUGCAAGAAUCCCUGCGAAACAACGACGUGUGGUAGCGGUGCCGUUUGCUCGGUUGUGGGUCGGCAGCCUGUGUGUACUUGCCCACCUCGCAGCACAGGUGACCCUAAGAGGCAAUGCGUGGCGUUCGAUUGUGUCUCUUCAUCGGAGUGCGCGUCUGAUAAAUCAUGCAUUAACAACAAGUGUGUCAACCCUUGCUCCAUCCCUGGAGUGUGUGGUCAGAAUACGGAGUGCCAUGCGUCCGGACAUCUGCAAACCUGCUCCUGCAAACCCGGGUUCACGGGCGACGCUUCGUUCGGC